AUGUGCGCCAACGCGAGCACCGGCGUGCUGGAGCCUGCGCACCUCAGGGUCUCCGUGCGCAAGGAGCUUAAAGGCGGCAGGUCAUACCAGAAGCUGGGCUUCUGUGACGUGAACCUGGCGGAGUUGGCGGGCGCGGGCGAGACGACGCGGCGGUGCCUCCUGGAGGGCUACGACCCGCGCCGCCGACAAGACAACUCCGUGCUGCGGCUGCGCAUCAAAAUGAACAUGAUCUCGGGCGAUCCGCUAUUUAAAGUUCCGGAGCGCAAGCAGGAGGCCGUCGAGUGCAAGGCGGCGGGUGACAGCGGCUCAGAGACGGCGGGUACGACAGCACCCGACGACGACUGCGCAUCUUCCACCGCUAGCUCCGGGUUCGGUUCCCUUACCAAGAAGAAGAGUUAUAAUAACACUUUGGUUGGAGAAGGGAAUAUCGGUCAGUCUCUAACGUUGGUACCCUCGUGCGAGCUGUCGACCCCUGACGAUGAAGACUCCCCACUAGGCACCUCAGCGCCUGACCACCCAGGUCUAACGCUGGCAGGUGUUGGCGCGGCUACCGUGCCGGUGUCGUGCGCCUCGUGCAUGCAACAGCAGCAGCACACACACUCCAGGAACUCCUCCAACACCUCCGGGGACAUGAGCAGUAAGGCGUCCGGCUACGGCAGCUCGUCAGCAGCUUCAGCACAUUCACGACAAAGUUCCGAGGGGGAUUCAGCAGGGGACUCGUCACGACCGCAUCACAAUAGUGUACGCUUAGAGCGGACCACGACCACUACCACCACGCUAUACGUCCCCUCCCAGAACUGCAAGCACACGGGCCGCACUCUAGCCAAGCUCCUGCUCGAGAAGACCGUGGUGAGCGAGACGUCUGACGUCUUUCUGACCCCCAACAAUACCCUCACCGGACCCCCUGACGUUAUUCCACGACAUGCCAUCCAGUCGCCUUCCAUUGAGGAGUAUAAGACGCCGGACGGGACGCUCAUCACGGAGAACGCACACGACAAUUCUUUCGCUAUGCCAACAUACUUCGAUCAGAAGAAAAAGGUAGCCGCGACCAUCAUCAGCGCUGCCGUGGAACCCCUAACCAAUUUCCAAAUAUUCAAGCAGAAGUCACUAAACACCAUUCCCGCGUUACUCGAGAAGAAUAAGAAGAACGAGGAACUGUUCAAUAACUUUCCGUUCCUGACGCCCCUCGCCCACAGAAAGAACUCUCUAGUCUCCAAUGCGCACAGACUGUCGGGCUGCAUAGAAGACGAGUUCUACUGCGUACCGUCCGACCCCGAAGUGGACCUCGGCUCGUCGGAGUGCGUGGACAUCAGACAUCGGUUCAAGAGUCUGUCGAACCAGGCGCUCAACGAAGAGAAGAUUCUCACUUCCACGCCCAAGAACGAGUUCACCCAGGUGAUGUGCGGGGAGAAGCUAGGCCGGGGGCGGAGGCUGGACUCGGCCACCACGCUGCGCCACAGCUACACCGACCACGUGAGGAACCCUUCAUCCGGAUCUUUGACAGCGUCAGCAUCUGAGGGCGGGUCGCUGGAGAGGGCGCGAGCAGCGCACGAGCGCCGGAAACGAGCCGUGCUCCUCGCGCAACCUGCGCCUGCGCCGCCGCCUGACGACGCGCCGCACGUGGUGUCCAGUCGAGUGGGCAACACGCGCGUGAACCCGGACCACCUCAUCGACGAGCUGCUGGCCGCCACCGACCUCAAGCAGGCGGUCGAGGACUCCGCCGAGACGUCCGGCCUCCAGCUGUACAUAACGCGCGACGGCACCGCGGAGCUGGGCACGCGCCAGCGCCAGCAGCAGCUCGCGCGUCGCGACUACCAGCGCGUCGUGCUGCACCCGCACGACAACAGGUAG